AUGCUCUUGCUGCUGCUGCUGCUGCUGCUGCCCGCAUCAGCGGCGCUCCUCCCGGCGAGCGACCAGGACGAUGCGGAACGGGAGCUCACGUCAUGUCUGCAGCAGCUCUCUGAUCAAAAUGGUGCAGAACAGCUGCGUGAGGUGGCCGAGGUCGGGCUCGCGACCCUGUACGACCAGGCAGAAUCAUGCCGUACAGAGCGCCAGCGCCUGCGCUCGCAGGUCAAGGGCCUUUCUGCCGUGCACGCCAGCUUAAAGGCGUAUGGUACCCCUUUGGAGUUCUCCAGGGAGGCAGCCGCGCUCAAGGCGGCGGCUCUCAGCUCCGAGCUGAAGGAGGAAGGCCUGGGCCCUCUAGGGCCCCAGAUGCGGAGGGAGGGUGGCGCUGAGGGAGGCGGCUCGGCGGGUGGAGCCGGACUGGGGCCGCCGGCGGGCGGGGAGACGUUGUACCCCGGGGGGGAGGUGGCGGGUGGGGCUGUGGGCGAGUCGGCGGCGGCGGGGGCGCUACCUACUGGCGGCUACAGCAGCAGCUACGGGCACAACUACAGCCGUUGGGAGGAGGAUUCGCAGGAGCUGGAGAAGAUGAUGUCCACGUAUCCCCUGGCGGCUUCGGACAUUAAGGACCGCAUUCGGGAGGUCUUUGAGGCGCUGCGGGACAAGUACCUGGAGCGGCUGGAGACGUGGCGGGUGGAAGCUGAACAGACGGCUCGCGAUCUGACUGUCGCUAUCUCCUCCUCCGCUACUCAGCAACCUCCGGUACGACGGCCUUCGAACAGCACGAUAGCCGCCAAAGCGGGGCCGGCCACCACCGCCACCAGCCGUACAACUGCUGCCGCUGGCCGUACGGCUGCAGCCGCCACGAGGGUCGGUAUGCCGGGCCGAGGCAGGGCGGGGGAGUGCGGGGGAAGGGGCCAUCGGGCCCCCGAGACCACUGCUGGUGGCGGGGCGACGAGAGGACCGCCAGUGCCUUGCCGCGGGGGCUCACGCAUUCCGAAGCCGACGGCAGUAGCAGCAGCAGCAGCAGCAGCAGGAAGUGGCGAGGCGGCGACCGCGGCUGUGGCGGGCAGUGGCAGUGAUGGGGUUUCAGCUAGCGGCGAGGUGGACGAUAAGGAGGAGGGCGAGGAGGCUGGCACCGCCGCCGCUGCGGCCGAGGGCGGGGUAUCGGUCAGCGGCGGCGGCGGCGGCGGUGGUGUUGGUAGCGGAGUAGCGGAGGGGACCGGCGGGGAGGCUGGUGCGGGUGACGGCGGCGGUGGUGGGGCGGCCGGUGACGGUGGCGGCUUCACACGGGUGUUCGCCGGGUACAGCGGCUGGUCGGCGGAGGAGCACUCGGCGUUUGUACGGCAUCGCGACCGGCUGAUGAAGGAGUGCGGUCAGGGACCCAAGUCCCUGAGCCGGGAGGUUCUCAUGGCCCGCAUUGCCAAGAUGCUGCCCGGGUGCCGUACGGUUCCGGAGCUUCUUGCCCACGACGACUGGACUACCGCCACUCGUCUGGUGGCUCGUAAGCGACGUGACCUUGCUGAGGCCUGGGAUCGGGAGCGGCGGCAGUUCCUGGAGGACAGCGCCAGCUUCCUGAAGGAGAGUGAGAUGCUGUUCCUGGUGCAAGCGGAGGAGGCAGCUGACAGGCUGGUGGCCGAGCUGCAACGAGUACGGGCGCGGGACGAGCUGGAGGAAUUGCGAGCUGAGAAGGUCCGUGAGGAGGAGGUGGCGGCGGCGGAGCGGGCCGUGCGGGAGGCAGCGGAGGCGGAAGCGAGGUUGGCGGCGGAGGCUCGGAUGCGGCGAGAGCGGGCCCUCCAGAAGGACAUGGUCGCAGCGUACAGGGCGGAGCUCGAGCUUCAGCAGGCGGAGCAGCAGGCAGCUGCUGUCGAGGCGGAGCGCCAGGCAGCCCUAUUGGCCGAACAGCAGGCGGUGUACAACAAGGAGCGAGUUGAAGUACGACAGGCCGAGUACCUCUCACGACAGGAGCAGGCCAAGGAACGUCAAGCGGUUGCGGAGGCUGAGGCCCUCGCCCGGGAGGUUCGGCUCGCUCGUCUGCGUGCGCUGGUAGCGCCCGAGGUCGAAUCCGAUCCGGAGCGACUUUUAGCUCCCACCAUCGCCAGCUCCGCAGUGGAUCCUGAUCGUGACGCGGAGGGCGCCUUCCACCCGGUGAACGGAUACACGACGGAGCAGGUGGUGAAGGACCAGCGCUUCAAGGUGUUUGAGGCUCUCGCUGUGUUGGGGCUCCAUGAAACGACGUAUGGACGACAGUCCAUUGCAGCUGCUCGCCCAGCUAAGUCCACCCGGCCUGACAACUUCACUUCGGAGCAGCGGGAAGCAGCCUUAAGGAUGGGGAGGUAG